AUGCUCGUUGCUGCGUAAUUGUACAUUUCCAUGGGCACAGGGGCUGGUACCCUUUCUCUUACUAUGGCUACUGAGUUCAGACAUAAACGCCAUGUACAUUUCAGCCAUGGUUACGUUUGCGACGUCUUACAUAAAGGCUACGUCAUGAAUAUGGCUGCGCCCAUGAGUGACAUUUCUCCCCUGUGCAAGUGGUUGCAGGGAGAGGAUUGAGGUUGUUAUGCGCAUGCUCUUCAUGUAGGAAACAGUCUGCUCUUACAUUGGAGCUGCAUUCCUUAAGCACCUGGUAGGAUCCAUGCUUCUUCCAGCGCUUGGAGUUCAGUAUCUUCUGUAUCCUGUACAUAUUCUCAAACUGGCAGCAUCAAUCCAGCCUUCCUAGCUCUGCUGUAGUCUUGGCAACUGUCCAAGGUGAUAAGCUGAAGUUUACAGUUCCCCUGAAUCUGUGUGGUACUAGGUCAGAAAAUGCUGCUUUUGAUGACUCUUCGCUCCGGCCUUGCACAGAGCAAGAUGCAGGCAAUACGCUUCUUACACACAACAGGCAGACAGAAAAUGGGUCCAAACUGUAGAAACUUGAUUCAGAAGAGAUGGAAAAGCACUACAGUGUCAGAAAUUGCUGCCCCAGCCAGAGCUGCAGUGGGGUCUUUACCCAACUCUUCCGCAGAGCGCAUUAUGGGGCGUUGGUUACUUGUGUGCAGUGGAAUGGUGGCUGGUGCAGUUAUCCUUGGGGGAGUAACAAGAUUGACAGAAUCUGGGCUUUCCAUGGUCGAUUGGCACUUAAUAAAGGAGAUGAAGCCACCAGCAACGCAAGAGGAAUGGCAAGCAGAAUUUGAGAAAUAUCAGCAGUUCCCGGAAUUCAAAAUUUUGAAUCAUGAAAUGACACUAAAUGAAUUCAAGUUCAUCUGGUUCAUGGAAUAUUCCCAUCGAAUGUGGGGGCGAGCAGUAGGACUGGCUUACAUUCUUCCAGCUGUCUACUUCUGGAGAAAGGGCUGGUUCAGUAGAGGAAUGAAGGGACGCGUCCUUGGCCUCUGUGGCUUUGUGUGUUUCCAGGGACUUCUGGGUUGGUACAUGGUUAAAAGCGGAUUAGAAGAGAAACCCGAGUCCUAUGAUAUUCCUCGUGUUAGUCAGUACCGGUUGGCUGCACAUUUAGGUUCUGCAAUUGUUCUGUACUGUGCAAGUCUUUGGACUGGCUUAUCUCUUCUGCUGCCAAAACAUAAGUUACCAGAAACACGGCAACUUUUGCAACUGAGAAGAUUCACACAUUGGACAACAGGCCUUGUCUUCCUAACUGCUCUUUCAGGUGCCUUUGUGGCUGGACUUGAUGCUGGUCUUGUCUACAAUUCUUUUCCUAAGAUGGGGGAAAAAUGGAUUCCAGAUGACCUGCUUGCAUUCUCCCCAACUUUUAAAAACUUCUUUGAAAAUGCCACAACUGUGCAAUUUGAUCACAGAAUCCUUGGGAUUAGUUCCGUGGCUGCCAUCACUGGACUGUACUAUUUUUCCAGGAGAGUUCCUCUCCCACGUCGAGCUAAGCUGGCAUUAAACUCCUUAAUUGCUGUGGCAUAUUUACAGGUCACUUUGGGCAUAAGCACUCUGCUUUUAUAUGUGCCAACUUCAUUAGCAGCUGCACAUCAGUCUGGUUCUUUGGCUCUCCUCAGUAUGGCUCUUUGGCUGAUGAAUGAAUUAAGACGGCUUCCUAAGUAGUGACUCUGAGGACACAUUAGCUGGACUGGGGAUUUUCUAAUUUAUAACUAUAUAUGUACAUUUCAGUAUAACCUUUUAUACAUUACAAAAUACUUUGAGAUUAUUCAGUGCAUUCUCUGUUUGUCUUUGUUAUUUUAUAGAACAGAUUCAUCACUGCAUUGAGAUGAUGAUGUUCUUUUAUGAUAAUGCAGUUAAGUAGUCAUGAUGUGUGUAUGCAUAUAUUGGUAUAGCAACUUUAGCAGUUCCUCAGUCUUUUCUGGAACACAAAGUUCA